CGCACUUUUCGAGAGGAUAUUCGAAAAAUCAUGGAAACCGACAGGUUCAGGCGAUGAUGUCAUCCCCGACCCAUUCAUCGCCCACCCGGCACAAAGAGGAGAUGGCCUCUGCGUCAUCCAUCUCGUAAGCACGCCGCAAGGACGAACAGAACAGACCGUUCUCUCUCCCUCUUGCUGUGCGUGUGUGCAUGGUGGAUGCGCGUGCACCAAUCAGGGCGCCUUGUGUGGGUGUGGACUACUACGAGGACAAGCGCCAGGUGUCGGGGCGGCAUGUGGGCGUCCCGCUCGGCACCGCUGUCAGGAGGGAGAGCUCCUGGUGGCCCAUCAUGGUCGCACUAAAGGUAUUGACGCACAUGGACUCAUGGAUGUGACGCUGAAUGGGAGAAGGGAACAACCCAUUUGCUGAUUUGUGCGUGUGUGCUGUGUGUGUGGGGGUCUGUGUGUGUGUGUGUGUGUGAGACAUGCAGGUGGUGUUGGCGGCAAUCCUGAUGCUUUGCCUGUUGACGGUGGUGUUCUCGUCCAAUAUAGUAGAGGCGUGGACAGAGCAGUUCCUCCUGUGGGUCAGUCAGGCUGGCACACGCAGACAUCACAUGUAUACCACGACUAUGGCCCAUGUGGGUGGGUGGGUGGGUGCGAGUGUGUGUGUGCAGGUCAAGAGGCGGCGGUGGAUGGGCGCGCUGGUGUUCACUCUCACCUACUCAUUCACCACUGUGUUCUUCGUGCCCGCAGAGGCACUGGUACAGACACUCGCACUCACACAUACCAGAUGGGUGUCUGCACGUGUGUGAGGGUUCUUGUGUGUGUGUGUGUGUGUGUGUGUGUGCGUGUUGUGGCAGACGAUCGGCGGCGGCUACAUCUUUACUCGGGUGUUCGGAGGGAAAGGUACGUGCAUUGCGGUGCACAACGGAAGGCGUGUGUGGAUCGGACAUUACGUGUGUGUGUCUGUGGGUCCAUGUGGUCGAUCGAUCCCUCAUCAGGAGGCUUUGUGGUGGCUUUCGUGCUAUGCUUCAUCGGUGCCUAUAUCUGUACGAACCCAUACAGUCACUCGCGCCCACCUACACAACACGUUUUCAUGCGCCUUCCCUGUCUGUCUGCCUGCCUGUCUCUGCAGCGAUGUUCAUAUGUUUCGUGAUCUCUCGUUACCUGCUGUACAACUUCGUCCACGGCCUCCUGGCGCGAUAUCGAACAUUCAGAGCCGUCAACGACGGCAUCAAACAAGGUGAGCGGGGUGGGCAGGGUCGGCAGCAAGCACCUGUGUAUCUUUUUUCUCUCUAUGUGUGCAGCUGGUAUAAAGGUUGUCGCGCUAUUGAGGCUGGCGCCAGUGGUGCCCUUCACAGUACGCAUGGCAUCCACACACCACACGCACCUGCGCGGAUGCACCUCUACUUGCGCGUAUUUUGUGUUCGCGGUGUGUGUGUGUGCAGUUGCUAAAUUACGUGUUGGGCACCACGAGCGUUUCGCUGAAGCACUACCUAAUAGGCAGCAUAUUCUACUCGCCCAGUGAGAAUGCAGUCGUGAUGCACACAUGGCAGACGCAACCAAUACCCAUACACACACGCGCUUCUUCGUUGUGUGGCUGUGCGUGUGUGCGUGAUCAGUUCUGGGCGUUUACAUAUACGUGGGCUCCACCAUGGCGAGAAUAUCCGACGCAUCAAAAUGUAACACACAGCACAGCAGCACAGCAAAGACAGAGAGGGGGACGGUCUCACGCACGAGUGCCAUGUGUGUAUGUCACGCGUGCAGCCACGGGGCAGUUCUCGCACGGGCCAUAUUUCUGGGUCACUAUCGGCGUCGGCUGUAUCGUCUUUGUGGUAACAACAACAACAACCACACACACACACACAAAAACACAUGGACGCCUCGCACACACACUCACUCACUCACACGCCCCUCUCUGGAUGGAUGGAUGGAUGUGUGGUCUCUCUCAGUGUGCGGUGGUGUACAUAGUCAAUCUGACCCGGCAGCAGCUGCGGCUGUACGACCAGCCCGACACUGAGAGGCUGCUCCCAUCGGGAAGCGACCAGCGUACGCACACGCACGCUGAUAUGCAGCCAUGCCCACACACAUGCAUCCCCCUCUCUGUGUGUAUGUGUGCGCGUCAGCUGCUAUCGCCAUUCAGGAGUAUGGCGGCCCCUAUACCGAGCCGCUGUCGGCAUCACGCAAGGAGCCGGCAUACCCCGGGCAGCCGGACGUCAAGCGGCAAUCGUAGCUCCCAGCUCCUCGCUGAUGUCUGCCUAGUGCGUGUGCGUGUUCUUUCUCGUCCCUCUUGUUUGUUGUGCAGCUUCCUGUCUGUGUGUGGUGCGUGGCGUGGGUGAAUGGCCGCCGGGUUUUGACUUUUGCCCCCCCUUGGCUGCACACGUGUGCGUGUCUCUCAAGUGCGUAGGCGCGCGUGUGGGUUCGUCGUACGUACAAUGAUCCAUGCACAGCACGCUGCUCUGUGUGCACGGGAGAUAUCUCUUGUCUGGGUGAGCGAGAAGCGACAUUAGCACCAUGGCCUGAUGCAUGAACACCCCCGAGCAAGAACACACGUCCACACAGCUAUUUGUUUUAUGUCGCUCAAUCAGAUCAGCCAUGAGAUCAGCUGAGUAGUUGACAGACGCGUGUUUGCUGAAAGCAGAUGCAUCAACCAGAUUUGUAC